AUGAGUGCCAGAAAGUGCGCAAAUUAUCGUCGACUCAACGGCCUGCCGACUGAACUUCCAAAUGGGCCUGAUUUGCAGCAACAGGUUCCAACUCAGUACCAGUUACCUGCCUGGCGCAUGGUAAAUCGAUCUGCCCUACGAGCCCACUGUCAACGUCUUCUCUACUUCCUCGUCUUCUACGCCCUGCUUGCGGGCUUCUUCUUCUUUUACAUGAGUUGGUUCAUGUACUUUGAAGUGUCACGUGACUACCCCAAGCUCACCGGAGCCCACAGCGCCCUGGGCAUGAAUCCCGGCCUUGGCUAUGUGCCCCAUCCGGAUAUAUUUAACAGCCUAAUUCGCGUUCGAGCCCGCGACCCCGAGCGGCCCUGUUCAUAUGAUGUUAAUGCUGGCGGACCCUGCAACAUGGUCAAUGGUUUUGGCUAUGACACAGCCCAGCCCUGUUUUGCCCUGAAGAUGACCAACAUUUAUGGCUGGUUGCCGGACCCGAUAGACGGAGCGGACGGUGUGCUGGUAAAGUGUGAGGGCUAUGAUGAGGAUGAUACCGCCCACCUUGGAACCAUUCGUUAUUUCGACAUGGACUACAAGUUCUCUGCGAUCCCGCCGGGCAAAAAUCCCGGCAAGUUGGACAAUGGCACAUUUCGGUCCAUGUACUUUCCCUAUCGCAACCAACUGUGUUACCACCAACCACUGGUGUUUGUGCAAUUUGAUGGCAUCACGAGAUAUACCCUUAUUCGCGUUAGAUGUUACCUGAUUGCAAAGAAUAUUCAUGUUGACUUUGAACGUGGUGAGGGCAGUGUCUCAUUUGAAAUAAUUGAUGAUUAG